AUGGAGUUCCAACAUGAAAUGUUCGAUCUUUCGAGGCCGGAGGAACGCUUCCAACAUAUGAAGGUUCCCAUGCGCCGCCCUCAGGAGAUCGCUUGUUUCUCUUAUGAUGAAAACCACGAGUUCUUACUGGGUGACGCCUCUAUGUCCUACUAUUACCCGCCAAAACUACCAGCCGAUCUGAAUCCGGGCUUCGACACAUUUCGCGAGCUCAUCAAGACCGCAGAUGAGCAUCUAGAUGCUUUGCUCGAUACUAUCACUGCUCUGGAGAAAGAAAAAGGCAAGAAAUGCGAGGCCGACAUCAUCACAUGGAGAGGCAUGAUGACGAAGGCAAAUCAUGACUGCUCCCUACAUCCAGCGGGAUGGCUUCGAAAUGAAUGCGACUUGUUUCCAGUUAGGGCACAAUGUAUGAUACUCUUGAGUCUACUCCGCUUUAAACCGGAUCUACUAACGUAUUAUAGUUUCAUCGAAGAAAACAACUCUUUCAAGAAUGAGGAAAAGGAGCGGCAGUUUGCAGAGCCGCCACGACCUGGAGCGCCUUCGCAAGAGCUCAUGUGUUAUUGGGGUUACAAAUUUGAGACUCUCUCCGUCUUGAAAAAGCCCUGGGACGCUUCAACCCGUCAAGAAAUCGAGAACCGCCCCAAUGAAAUCGUGAACAACCACGCCCAAUACUGCUCGGUGGUCGCUACGCGCUUUGGGGAUUUGCGUGCGAUCCUCGGCGGGGAAGUUGAUGCCAUAUGGGACUGCAAACCAGAGCGCAAGAACGAUCAAAUUCACUGGGUGGAACUCAAAACGACAGAGGAACCAGCUCGAAACAAGUACGGCAUGCUGAAGAUGGAACGGAAGUUGCUAAAAUACUGGGCACAAUCAUUCUUGCUCGGCGUACCUACCAUCAUCGUCGGCUUCCGGGACAAAUAUGGAAUCGUUCAACGCAUCGAAGAAAUGGACACUGCUCAAAUCCCCGUUAGAGUCCAGCGUGGAUUGAAUUCGUGGAAUGCACAAGUCUGCAUCAACUUUGCUGCGUCAUUCCUUGAGUGGCUAAAACAAGUCAUCGGUGGACGAGAUGGCACGUGGAGGAUUCGCAAAGGAUCGCACGAUCCUCAAAUCAGUGUUUAUCGGCUUGAGACCGGGGGACACGGUGAUAUCCUCCCCAUCUCUUUCGAGCAGUGGCGCACCCAGACCUAG